GAACCUCGGGUGCAACAUUGUUGAAUUUGCACGUCGUCGAUGGAGUAUGGCUCCGACCUGGCGGGGUGCUUGCGGAAACACCUGCAGCACGUGGUGCAAAGGGACCUGGUGGAAUGGGAGACGGGGCAAUGGCAGGUGGAGGUCGUCCAUGAAGACCGCACCGCCACGCUGCGCCGGCUGGGCUCGACUCACGCGACGGGCCAAUGCCGCGUGUUGCUGCGGGACUGUCGGGUUCUGCGGCCUGAAGGCUGCAUGCUGGAAAUCCAAAGAGAGCAGAAGGAGAUGCCACUGCUCCACUGCGCAGAGGAGUGCAACUUGGACUGCAGGGGCCGCGUGCGUGUGAACGGCCAGCCUGUGGCCGCGGGGAGGCUGCGGCAGGAGGGCGUACACUACUUGCUGCCAAUUGGCCUCAGCCAGCCGGUGCCGGCAAAUAUGCAGGUGAGAACGCUGACGCUCACUGCCACGGGCAUGGACCAAGGAUGGGGAAACACCGGGGACUCCGGGCUUUUGGUCUGCCUGGUCCGCCCGAGCGAGCCGGCGGAGCCUCUGGCUGGAGUGGUCUACAACCGCCACCGCUCUGCGCAGCAAGAGCACCAGGUGGAGACAGCGCUGGAGAGCGCUGUAGCGCCCUCCGCUGGUGAUCGCCUGGAGGUGCUCCUGCGAUGCCCCAACUACCCCGGCUGGAGCGCCUUCUGCCGGAAUGUGACUUUGAGUGCGGAGUGCAGCCUGGAGACCGUCCGGGAGCUGCCGUGGAAUUUGUCGGAAGACUGGGAGAAGCAGCAGGAGCCCGCCUUCUUCCGCCUUUGGGCAGCCCUGGGCGAUGAUGACUUCCUGCAGCUGGAUAUGUCCCACUUGUCGCUGGCCGGUCAGCAGAAGCAGCACGUGUGGAAGCCCUUGGCGGAAUCUGCGGCUGCGGCUCCUGAGCAAACCAGGCCCCGCCUGGUGCAGCGCUUGGCCGCGCUGCGCACCGGGAACCUUGGGGCCAAGGUGCUUCAGCAGAGCCGGAAGCUCCUGCAGAAGCUCGACGAGGGCACAAGCGUGAUGGGGGCCCCAGCCACAGAGGCGGAGAGGCGGGCCAGGUACGCGGAGCUCGCGGUGCUGGUGCAUCAGACCUUCGACCACAUCGAGGCUUGCAAGGACCAAGAUGCCUUGGAGGCUGUUCUGCAGCAGUACGCGGACUGCGUGGAUGAUUGCAUCUACCGCUGGGAGCGCGAGAUCUGCAACAUGCACGACUUGGUCACGGGAGAGACCUGCGGCGACGACGCCCUGGAUGCGGAGGACGCAGUGCUGCGGGUGCUUUUCCGGAAGAGGCGGCAGAUGGCGGAGGGUUUGCUGCACCAGAUCAAGGGCGCCACGGAGACGGCGGACAUGCACUUCGAGAGCCACUUCUUCGCCUCCGUGCACUUUGGGCUCUCAGAGCAGAUCUCGGCCAGGAGGGACCCCCAUCGGCUCACCUACCUGGCCCUGGACAGCCGCGUGAGGCCGGAGGAGCUGCAGAGGAGGCUCUUCCAGGGCUACACGCCGUCCGGCAUCCGCGCCGCGCUGCGGGAGGAGGUCUUCGAGUCCCAGCAGAAAGGUGCGCAAGCGCUGAGGGAGAAGCUCUUGGACUGGCUGCGCGCGCAGGUUCCCUGCGGCUUCCGCCCGAGCGACCCUGGGAGCAAGCGCCAAGAGGGGUGGCUCUUCAACUAUUGCCACGAUGACUCCUUCCGCAUCACCGAUGAAGCCUUGAACUACAUGCUCUGCUGCAUGCACAUCCUCUCCGCCCACCCGCUCAUCAUGCACGCCGCUGGCUAUGCGUCGGCGCCACCGGCGCGACCGGCGCCACCGGCGCCACCGGCGCCACCGGCGCCCGCGGCGCCAGCGGCGUGAGCGGCUCGGGCGACGGGCGGCGGUGCCCAUUGAGUUGAGAGCAGGACAUUUCGUGCAGUGAAAUGGCCUCGCGAGCAGGGAUGUACACCUAGGUGCCCCG